AUGACUACAACCGCGCUUCAUGACGCGACGGCGCCGUCCACAUCGUCAGCGAAGAAGCAGGACGAACCUGCUCCAUCCGAACCUGUAUCUGCGUCAGCUACCGCAACAGCACCUCCAUACUCUCCGAUCUACGCCACUGCCCAGGCUCAACCAGGAAGCAUCACAACCAUGCCUGCGCCGACUGCACCAGCGACAUCUGGCAGUGACGGAUCUCCUCUACCCACAGCGACCGAGACGAUAGCUACCCCUGCCACGAGAACUAGCACUUCGCCUCCUCCCCCUCAGCCUGGAGCUCGGCCUGACCCAGGAAUUCCAGCGCCGACGGCACCUCCAGCUUUGGCUGCUUCUUCAGCUCCUGCUCCUGCUCCUGCUCCUGCUCCCCAGGCUCAAGCUCAACCUCAGCAGACACCAACCGCUACAGCCUCAGGUGCAACUACAACUGGAGCUCCAGCGAACCCCAUCCCUAGCUACGGCUACAACCCCACUGCCGGCGGGUACACCUCCGGAUUCACUUACCCAUCCCAGGACCAACAAUUCCAUCCACGACAACACCCACACGCACAGCCACACCCAAACUCAACGUCCACACCCUACGCCUCGCUCUACCAACCUCCCGCCUCAUCCUCACAACUACCCCUCUACCAGAACCAGGCCCAUGGCACCGACGCGUUUGACUUCGCCCAUGAAGGCGGGUCCGAGUCCGGGUUCCUGGCAAACGCCAAGUCGUGGAUAGCGAGUGCCGGGACGAAGCUUGCGGAGGUGGAGGCUGAGGUGUGGAGGCGGAUUAAUGAGGCCCAUGAUCGGUAG